AUGGGAAAAGCAGAAGCUGGAUCCGCUAAAGCUAUAGGAAACGCCAUAAAGGCUAAAGGUCUCGGUAGGCUGAGAUGGUAUUGUCAAGUGUGUGAGAAACAGUGUAGGGACGAGAAUGGAUUUCAGGCGCAUUGCCGAUCUGAGCCGCACAUGAGGAAGAUACUAUUACUAGGACCGAAAGCGGGAGCUGCGAUAAACGAUUUUUCUCAACAGUUUCAAUCUGAAUUCCUACUGUUACUUCGAACGAGACAUCAGACGAACCGAGUGAGAGCCAACGCCGUGUACAAUGAGUAUAUACAAGAUAAACAUCACGUUCACAUGAAUUCGACCAAAUGGGUCACCCUGAGUGGUUUCAUCCAAACUAUAGGUAAACAAGGUAUCGUACAUGUCGAUGAAGAUGAAAAAGGUAUUUGGAUAACUUGGGUCGAUAACAGACCUGAAACGCUGGCCAGGCAGGCCGCAUCACAACGAAAAGAUAGAUCACAGAUGGACGGCGAAGAACGCGAGCGUAAAAUGCUACAAGAUCAAAUAGCAAGAGCCAAAUCCCAACAAACAGACGUCGAACAAUCAGCGGGAUUGGAAAAGAAAGAAGGAGAAAAAAUCACUUUGAACUUAUUCGGAUCGUCCACAAACGAGGACACCAAACCAGACCUAAGCGCAGAGGCCGACGUCAAGGCGGAAGAGCACACCACACUCAACAGCAACGGAGCUGAUUCAGGAAACGGUACAAUCAAAUCAUCUUUUGGAAGUUUCUCGACUCCAUCAUCAACCACCAUAACGUCGAAACCAAUAACGAUCAAUCCACUCAAACGACCAGCCCCAGUAAACGUAUUCAAAUCGUCUAAACAGUCUAAAACAGAUCGCAAUGAAGAUGAACACAAUGUAAAUGGAGGAGGGAAAAAGUUUAUGAGUGAAUCUGAGAGGUUGAUGAAAGAGGAUCAAGCUAGGAAAUCUCGUACUGGUGUUGGAUAUAGAGGUAUGGGACCAUCAAGGGGAGCUAGAUGA